AAAAAUGACAAUUUUUGUUCACAUGAUGACUUUUAGAACUCAUAUCCUCCAUAACGGCUGUAGAGAUGUAAUUACUAAAUUACCCUCAUAGUACAAAAUAGUGAUCCACAAAGUACAAUUAUUUCUAGCAAGAGGGCAUAAAAGUCCAGAACACAUUUAGGCAUUGUCAACUCUCCAUUUGCUAGUAAAAAGUCUCCAAUUCGACCACGAAACUGAACCCUUCGCAUCUCCAUUGUUUUUCCCGUCAAAAUUCUCGAUCUCCCCUCCAUCAAAUCUCUCUUCAAUCCAAGUCAGAAAAUGGAGUUCGAAUCCAACAACAACAUUGUUGAAGAAAGCAACAACAAUCACGGAUGGCAGAAGGUUACUUACCCUAAGAAGCAGAGGAAGAAUCCGGCGAAGCAGCAACAACAGCAGUCGACGAAGGUGUUUUCUAACGGAUCUUCCAUCCCCGCCGUUGAUAAUGUAUUCACGUCAAUUGAGAAGAAAUCGGAGGAGCGUAGGAAGGUUAUUGAAGCUGAGAGGUUAGCGAAUUUGGCGAUGUAUGAUCCCGCUCCUCCGACUAGAUCGUCGAAGAAGAAUAACUACUCUGAUUAUGACGAUAGCGAUGAAGAGGCUGUUGAAAAUGGUGCGGCUGGGAAUGGUGUUACCGAGGAGAAGAAGACGAAGCCAAAGAAGGUGAAGAAACCUAAGGUUACAGUUCCAGAAGCGGCGGCGAAGAUCGAUGCCGCCGAUUUGGCUAGUUUUUUGUCCGAUGUGACGGCUUCAUUCGAGACGCAACAGGAUAUACAGUUGAUGAGGUUUGCUGAUUACUUUGGAAGAGCAUUUGCUAGCGUUAGUGCUUCUCAGUUUCCAUGGGUAAAGUUAUUGAGAGAAUCUGCUGUUGCAAAGGUUGCAGAUAAUCCAGUGUCACAUAUCCCUGAAUCUGUUUACAAGACAUCAGUUGACUGGAUCAAUAACCGAUCUUUGGAAGCUCUUGGAUCUUUUGUCCUGUGGUCUUUAGACAGCAUUCUUGCUGACUUUGCAAGCCAACAAGGCAAUGCAAAGGGAUCCAAGAAAGUUGCCCAAAAACCAUCCUCAAAAUCUCAGGUUGGGAUUUUUGUAGCAUUAGCAAUGGUAUUGAGAAGGAAACCUGAUGCUUUAAUUACCGCAUUGCCCUCUCUAAGGGAAACUUCAAAGUAUCAAGGACAAGACAAGCUUCCAAUUAUUGUGUGGAUGGUAGCACAGGCAUCACAUGGAGAUGUGGCUGUUGGUUUGUACUCUUGGUCCCAUUUAAUAUUACCAAUAGUUGGGGGCAAAUCAGGCUCAAAUCCUCAAACAAGGGAUCUAAUUUUGCAAUUAGUGGAAAGAAUUCUCUCUGCCCCAAAGGCGCGUACUAUUUUAGUAAAUGCUGCUGUUCGAAAGGGAGAGCGGUUGAUGCCACCAUUUGCACUUGAACUGCUACUCAGAGUCACCUUCCCUUCAUCUUCAGCUCGUGUUAAGGCAACUGAAAGAUUUGAAGCAGUGUAUCCUACACUCAAAGAGGUGGCACUUGCAGGCUCACCCGGAAGCAAAGCCAUGAAACAAGUUUCUCAACAAAUCAUGACAGUUUCCUUAAAAGCUGCUGGAGAAGGAAUCUCAGAGUUAUCUAAUGAAGCAUCUGGUAUUUUCAUCUGGUGUUUAACUCAAAAUCCUGAUUCUUAUAAACUAUGGGAAAAGGUUUACAAUGAUAAUUUAGAAGCAAGUGUUGUGAUUCUGAAAAAGAUUGCUGAGAAGUGGAAGGACCUUUCUGUAAAACAAUCUUCUCUUGACACUCUAACUGAAACCCUCAGAAGUUUCAAGAACAUGAAUGAGAAGGCCUUGACAGGUGGCGAAAUAUCUGAAGGCCAACAAGGACUCUACAAAGAAGCAGACAAAUACUGUAGAGUCAUACUGGGAAGACUAUCACGUGGCUGGGGAUGUGUUAAAGGAAUGGCUCUGAUUGUCAUUGCCAUUGGUGUCGCGGUUGCUUUCACCCCUCCAACCACCCUCGAAUCUUUGGAUUUGACCAAAAUACCCUCCAUGCUCAACAUCCACUACUCUACUUAA